AUGUCAGACAAACUCAUCCCUUCCGAUCCCGAUAAUGUCAUGGUCAUUCGCAAUGUCACACCCAACAUUGCAACUUUCUCAGUGCCUUUCUCACGAUUCGGAAAGGUCAAGAUUGGUGGCCGAGGCACUCUAGUCAAGCUCACUUCUGGAGGCCUCGCCGUCUUUUCGCCAGUGGCAUUGACCAAAGCCUCCCACACCAAGGUCAUGGAAAUGGGCGGUGAUGUCCGCUACAUUGUUGCCCUCGACUAUGAGCAUCACAUCUUUAUCAGCGAUUGGGCAAAGGAAUACCCUUCAGCAAAGAUCAUCGGCCCAGAGGGUCUGCCUGAGAAGCGCGCCAAGGCGACCGACGACCCCAAGAUUGGCAAUGAGGAGUUCGCUGUCGUCUUCAAGAAGGAGAACAAGCAGGAAAUCAAGAUUGAUCCUGAUUUCGAUGCUGAUUUCGACUACGAGUACGUCGACGGCCACGCCAACCUUGAGAUUGUCUUUCUCUACAAGCCUGAGCGUGUCCUUAUCCAGGCUGACUUGCUCUUCAACCUGCCACCCACUGAGCAGUACAGCAAGGUCCCUGAAGCAGAAGUACCCGGCGAUGGAGCUGUAGGAAAGCUCUUCUCCUGCGUCCAGAACCCUCGUGGUGACACCAAGUGGCUACAGCGUUUCAAUUGGUAUGUGCUCGCCAAGAACCGCGACAGCUUCAACGACAGUAUGGCCCGCAUUGCAGAUUGGGACUUUACUACAAUGAUUCCCUGCCACGGAGAUGUCUUGGAGGGUGACGGCAAGGAAGUGUUUAUGAAGGUGUUUGAAUGGCAUCUCCAGGGACACAAAUAG